CGCGAUGUGUCCAGAUAGUGUCCGGCUGCUUGACAGGUCCUCUAGAUGGCAUCAGUUGGGUAGUUGGAAAACAAUUAAGCAUAUAUUAAUGCUGUGGAAAAUGCACACACAGUUUGUGUUAAAUGUUCGAGAAAAAUGGACUUCACCAGCGACUACGCGCAUCGGCGUAUGGUGAAAUUCCUGACGAUCACACUGAUAGUCUUUAUGACCGCCUUCGGACUCCUGGCCAAUCGAUAUCGGCCGGGCCGACGUGACAGAUUCCGCUUCUCAAAGGCAUAUCUGGCCUUCGCUUCGAUGUGGGCAAUUGCAUUCAGCUUGGUUUACGGGCGGCAAAUCUACAAGGACUACCAGGAGGGUCAGAUCAACCUGAAGGACGCCACCACUCUGUACAGCUAUAUGAACAUCACGGUGGCUGUUAUUAACUAUGUGUCGCAGAUGAUAAUCAGUGACCAUGUGGCCAAGAUGAUCAGCAAAGUGCCAUUCUUCGCUACCCUAAAAGCAUUCCGUCUGGACAGCAGGUCGCUGUACAAAUCCAUCGUUUUGGCCCUGGUCAAGACCGUGGCUUUUCCUCUGACAAUUGAAGUGGCUUUCAUACUGCAACAGAGGCGGCAGCAUCCCGAGAUGAGCUUGAUCUGGACCGUGUACAGGCUGUUUCCCUUGAUUAUUUCGAAUCUUCUCAAUAACUGCUACUUUGGCGCCAUGGUGGUGGUGAAGGAAAUGCUGUACGCUCUGAACAACCGGCUGGACGCGCAGCUGCAGGAGGUGAAUCUGCUGCAGAGGAAGGACCAGCUAAAGUUGUACACUAGAUACCACCGCAUGCAGCGAUUUUGCGCCUUGGCGGAUGAACUGGACCAGCUGGCGUAUCGCUAUAGGUUGAUAUAUGUGCAUUCGGGAAAGUAUCUGACGCCAAUGUCCUUGUCCAUGAUUCUGUCGCUCAUCUGCCACCUGCUCGGUAUAACGGUGGGCUUCUACAGUCUGUACUACGCCAUAGCGGACACCUUCAUCAUGGGCAAACCGUACGAUGGUCUUGGAUCGCUGAUCAACCUGGUUUUCCUCGCCAUCUCGCUGGCGGAGAUCACAUUGCUCACGCAUUUGUGCAACCACCUGUUGGUGGCCACCCGAAGAUCGGCAGUCAUUCUCCAGGAGAUGAAUCUCCAGCAUGCGGACAGCCGCUACCGUCAGGCAGUCCACGGCUUCACCCUACUGGUCACGGUGACCAAGUACCAGAUUAAGCCCUUGGGCUUGUACGAGCUGGACAUGCGACUGAUCAGCAAUGUCUUUUCGGCGGUGGCCAGUUUCCUGCUAAUCCUCGUGCAGGCCGAUCUGUCCCAGCGCUUCAAGAUGCAAUAGCUAAUCGAUGUUACCCACCUGGCUGAACUGCAUCAGAUUCCCGGACUGCGGGGAAUAAUAUUAAAUGUUAGUAAGCUAUAGCUUUGCACAUUACAAGCACAACUCACGUUUAAUCCCUGCAAGAAGGCCAUGGGUUCCGUGUUCCUGGAUGGAUAAAAACAAUAAUAGUUAGCGACCAGGAAAACCACAUGUGACCACGGAACCAGGUACUCACAAUUCCGAUCCCGAUACUUCCACCGUUUUCUGAAUAUCCUCCUCCUUGAUAUCGAUCUCGGGGGAGUCAUCCUCGGAAUCAGUGCUAAAGUGUAAAUGGAAAUAAAACUUAGUGGCAAACUGCGCCUUGGCUGGAUAAACAAACACAAACAAGUUGGCCGCGCGAAUGAUGCAAGUACAAGCGUGUUGCUACAUGCAUGGUUUCUACUGUUCGAUCAUCAGUUUGUUGCCGCACUGUACCUCUCUUUGUGCCACGACAUUGGCUGUGAUAUAUACAUCUUGGUCGGCUAAAUCUGAUAAAGUGAUCUUGUUGGGGAAGGAGGCUAAAUAUUAAAAAUUCGCUAAAAAAAAAAA